UCAGGUGAGCAUAAAAACAUUGCAAUUCGUGAAAGAGAUGACAGAGUUAAGAGAGAAACACCAAGCAAUUUUAUUUUCCCUGUGUUUGGUCCUGGCUUUCAAAGAAGCUUUGAGUUUCAAAAACAAAUGGGAUGGUCCUCUUAACUUCAGUUGUCGAUCCCCAAAUGAAUUUAUUGAUGCAAUUGUAUCAUUCCAUCACAAUCAUUAUGAAGACAGAAGGUACGAACUCCAUUGUGGUACAGCUCUAAAACAUGGGAGGGAUGUAAAUUGUCAUUGGACAGGAUACGUCAACGACUUUGAUCAUGCUGUACACUACCGAUGUCCUGGUGCUGGGUACAUCAACGGCAUGGCAAGCUAUCACCACAAUGCUUAUGAAGAUAGACGCCAUAGAUUCCGUUGCUGCGGCCCUAAAAGUUUAAAUUAUCAAUACAAACAGUGUCGUUGGACGGGCUGGGUGAAUCAUUAUGACCAGCCAGUGGUAUAUUUUGUACCAAAAGGUUAUGUACUGCGUGGAGUCAAUAGUGUCCAUCACAACCAUUAUGAAGAUCGACGAUUCCAGUUUGAAGUUUGUAAAUUGGUGAAAAAGUAACAUGCUC